AUGAUGUCGACGUCAUCGACCGCCACCGCACGCACGCCACGUUGGUCGACGUUGUUGAGGGAGAGUUUGGAUCGAUCGAUGAAGGAGAACAAGGACUCGAUCUCGUUCGCUUUGACGACGUGUGAGGGGGAGAGUGGAGAGAGCUCGACGCGGUUCGUCGUGCAUCGUGGUUUUGUGAAUGAGCGGAGGUGAGUGCGUGCGAGAAUUGGAGUGGGGGGAGGGGGGGGAGUCGAUCGAAUUGAUGGUCACUUUUUUGAAUGGGGUCGUCACGAAAUUGCGACUGAGCCGAGUUGCAGCUCAAUGUAUUCAUCCGUGUGAUUUGAAUCAUGACAGGUCGAACGAGGAUUCGUCAUGGUCCACGAACCCGAGCGAGGAUGCUCGAGGCGAGAAGCUGGUCAACGACAACUUGAUCGUCACGACCGAUGUGCGGUACGCAAAUACAGAUCACCUGAACGGGAAAAACGAGAAAUGCAACAAACUAAUGGGCUCGCUGUUAUCGUUAUGCAGCGCCCCUAAAGCGCUCGCUCUCGAAGCGAACCCGACCACCUCUUUGGCAUGGUGGCAUCUGCCGACCAUGACCCAAUUCCGCAUCCGGUCCCAAGCCUACCUCAUCAAACCACCUUCCCAAGGAACACACACCCCAGCCGAAAUACUCGACCGUCUUUCCCCCGGGGAUGAUUUCGAUUGGGAACAAGAGAGGAUCCGAAUUUUUCACAAGAUGUCGCCCGAAUUGAGGGCCAGCUUUGUGAGACCUGUUCCGGGGUCCAAGUUGGGCGACAAGGGGGAGACGGAGGAGUGGCCCAAGGAGUUGCCGGCGAGUGAAGAGGAAGCUAAAGGGGAGAAGGAGAAGGCGCAGAUCAAGGAAGGUGAGCCGUAUGGGUUUGGACAGGAUGCAGUGAGAAGGCGCGACUUACGGAGAAUUGAUGCGGCACUUGGGACAGCUUUGGACCACUUUGCGCUCAUCAUCAUGGAACCUUACGACGUCGAUGUGUAAGCGCUCUUACUACUUGCCACACCUCACGGACAAGCUCUGACUCGGUUGACCGUGUCUGUUCCGACACAGCUGCGAUCUCGGUGCCCAACCCAAUACCCGAGUUCAUUUCUUCAGGAAGAAGGGUGUAGGUUGGCAGGGAGCGGAAUGGAAGGAAGAGGAUGUGGUGCCGUGA